CGCCUCAUUGUCAACCUCUCUGAUCUCCACUCAUUUUAUCGUGACUCUGCUCCUAGGAUUCUUAAGAGUCCAGGUGAAUAUGUGCAGUCAUUUUGUGAUGCUGUUACUGAAGUUACCCGCAAUAUUGACCCAAAGUACUUGAAGGAAGGAGAGCAAGUUCUUGUGGGCUUUGAAGGCCCUUUUGUUUCUCGUCGCGUCACUCCAAGAGAACUUCUGUCAGAAUUUAUUGGAUCCAUGGUCUGCGUUGAGGGCAUUGUCACAAAAUGUUCACUUGUCAGGCCAAAGGUUGUUAAAAGUGUUCACUUCUGCCCCUCAACUGGAAACUUCACCACCCGCGAAUAUCGAGACAUAACGUCCAACAUUGGCUUGCCUACUGGUUCUGUUUAUCCUACCAGGGAUGAAAAUGGCAACCUGUUGGUUACUGAGUAUGGGUUGUGCAAAUACAAAGAUCAUCAGACCUUGUCAAUACAAGAAGUACCUGAAAAUUCUGCCCCGGGUCAACUCCCACGAACAGUUGAUGCUAUAGUUGAGGAUGAUCUGGUUGAUUCGUGCAAGCCAGGAGAUCGUGUCUCAAUUGUUGGGGUAUAUAAGGCACUUCCAGGGAAAAGCAAGGGCAGCGUGAAUGGAGUUUUCAGGACUGUUCUUAUCGCCAACAAUGUCUCCCUACUAAAUAAAGAAGCCAAUUCACCAAUAUACAGUCCUGAAGACUUGAAAAACAUUAAAAAGAUAGCAGAAAGAGAUGAUACAUUUGAUCUACUUGGCAAUUCUCUAGCACCCUCUAUAUAUGGGCAUUCUUGGAUAAAGAAAGCAGUGAUUUUACUGAUGCUUGGAGGGAUGGAAAAGAAUUUGAAGAAUGGGACUCAUUUAAGAGGGGAUAUUAACAUGAUGAUGGUUGGUGAUCCUUCUGUUGCCAAGUCUCAACUUUUAAGAGCAAUUAUGAGUAUUGCCCCCUUAGCCAUAUCAACCACUGGCAGAGGUUCUUCGGGUGUUGGCUUGACAGCUGCUGUUACUUCUGAUCAAGAAACAGGAGAAAGAAGACUAGAAGCUGGUGCAAUGGUUCUUGCUGAUCGUGGUGUUGUUUGCAUUGAUGAAUUUGAUAAGAUGAAUGAUCAAGAUCGUGUUGCCAUUCAUGAAGUUAUGGAACAACAAACUGUAACAAUUGCUAAAGCUGGUAUCCAUGCAUCUCUGAAUGCUCGGUGCAGUGUUGUGGCUGCUGCAAAUCCCAUAUAUGGAACAUAUGACCGCUCAUUGACUCCAACAAAAAAUAUUGGACUUCCAGACUCUUUGCUUUCACGUUUUGAUCUACUAUUUAUUGUGUUGGAUCAAAUGGACCCUGCUAUUGACAAUAAAAUAUCAGAGCACGUCCUCCGCAUGCACCGCUACCUUUCAAGAUCUGAUGGCGGUGAGGCGGCACUUGAUGGAGGUCCAAGAUAUGAUAGAGAAGAUGAUGCUGAUAAUGACUCAUCUGUUUUUGUUAAAUAUAAUCGAAUGCUCCAUGGAAAGAAAACAGAAAGGGGUCGCAAGCGUGAUACACUUACCAUCAAGUUCCUAAAGAAAUACAUCCAUUAUGCAAAGAAUCGUAUUCAGCCGGAACUCACUGAUGAGGCAUCUGAACAUAUUGCAACAGCAUAUGCAGAGCUUCGAAAUACAAGCUCAAAUGCAAAGACUGGGGGAACACUUCCCAUAACUGCCAGAACAUUAGAAACAAUUAUACGACUCUCAACUGCGCAUGCCAAAUUGAAGUUGAGCAGAAAGGUUUUGAAAUCUGAUGUUGAAUCUGCCUUGAAAAUUCUUAAUUUUGCUAUAUAUCAUAAAGAAUUGACUGAGAUGGAGGAACGAGAACAAGAAAGAGAGAGAGAGGAAUUAGAAGAAUUGGAGAGAACAAGAAGAACUGAGCAUAACCCCCGUAGAAGUCGUAGGGCAGCGCAAAAUACCGCUGAUGGAGAGGGUUUAACGGAAGAUGCCAUGGAAGUAGAUGAACCUUCUGAUGACCAAUAUACUGUCGACAUCACUCCUGAAAGAUUGGAAGCAUUUAAUUCAGUAUUUGGUCAUCAUAUGAGGGCAAAUCGCUUGGACGAAAUAUCCAUUACAGAUUUAGAGAAGGUUGUCAAUGCUGGACCAGAUGCUCAUUAUUCGAGGGCUGACAUAACAUUUUUCUUAGAGAAACUCCAAGACGAUAACAAAGUAAUGAUUACUGAUGGAAAAGUGCAUGUUAUAUGAAGUAAUGGGAUGACGAAAA